AUGCCGCUAUCAGCCCUCAUCGGCGACAUCUCGCUAACCCCAAGUGCGCUGGGUAGCCCUCUCUGUGCAACUGCCACUGUCGUUGGUGCAUCCGCCGUUGGCCUGUCGUUCGGACGGGAAACCCCCUUCAACUCCCACCCCAGCAAGAAAAAGGCCGCGCCGGCACGCAAACCGCCUGCCAAUUCAAUGCCUACUGCUGUGCAGACCGCGACUGUGACCGCGACCGCGCCGCACUUUAGUCGACCCAUACCGUCCGCGCCUGUUUCGCGCGGAUCCCUUGCGACGAGGCCCAGCCAGGAUGGACGCUCCCAACGCCGCAUCGCAAGGAGAAUGACGACCGACGAUGCAGCCUUGCAGUUGGCAGCCAGUAUGCAUGCUUACGCCCCGAGUGACCAGGACAUUUCUGACAGGGAUACCGUCCGACACCCUUCGACACGACGCGGAUCUUGGAUCAAGCGCCUUUCUUCCAUAUCCCACUCCUCGAGCAGGAACUCCAGUCCCAGUCCAGGCCCCUUGUCCCCCGCCGUCUCCUGCUCCAAUGGCUCCAUGGCCUUUUCCCACGACGGCUCCACGGUGCCCAUGGUCGGCCACCGCGCCUCUUCGCCCAUGCCGCCAAACAAACUGGUCAAGCGCGCUUCUUCGGUACGCGGGGCUCACGACGCGCCUGUCCAAGGCUCUGGCACUCUGCGACCCGCAUUCCGUCGACCGGCUACCAGUCAUCAACGCACCGCGACGCUACAGAAUCACAAUGCGCAACCACAGAGGACCACCAAAGAGCCAGCGAUUGAGGAGUCAAACUACUGCGCGAGCACCGACAGUGAGGCCGAAUACACGCAAUUCUUCACAGCCAAGAUCACCAAGGAGCGAAUAUUAGCCAAAAGAGCUUCUUCGGGGCGGCCAAGUGCGUUUAGGAGGAUAUUUCCGGAUGAGAAGCACCUGCCCACCCUUUUGCUCGCAAAGUCGGUUACAGCAGCUACAGAGGACGUUGAAGACUCAACAACCGAUGAUGGCGAUAGUGUCUUCUACAUGAGCAGACCAGAGACACCGCUUAGCAUGUCAGCUGUGCUUGCUUCCAGAGAAACCUCGCAUUCCCGCCGCUGGCCAUCUUCCUCGACAACCCCCCUGGAUGAUGCAUCUCAACCACCCAAGCGCUCCUUCUCCAUUACCAACUUUCUUUCCUCAUCCAAGCAGUUCGCAGCACGAGCGUCCAGGCCCUUGCUUUCACGCCGGGCAAGCCAGCAGGCUUAUUCUGCCCGCAUACCGCCUACUACCAUGCCUAGGCGACCGCACAGCACGUCUUAUGGGGAGUACCAACAAGAUGCCACCGAACCAGCGUUUGCCAAACGCGAGAUUGCAACAUCGGCCGGCCCCCUCGACACGAGAUUCGCACACAAUGCCCUCCAUAGCGGCUCUGUGUCGCCGCCCCUGCCCACAAGCUUGUCCCGCUCUGUGGAUUCUGAUACCGUUGCUGUGGAGGCCUUGGCGUCAAUGCCUCAGCAGCGCGAGGUCGUAGCCUCAGCCGCACUAGGCGGCGCCAAUCAGACGCCACCAUCCCCUACUCUAGCGCAAUCUGCCGUUCGGGUUUCGCGUCACUCAAUGGCCCCCUCCGAACAAGCCUCGACAUUGGUCGGCUCCUCUGAUAAUGAGGUUCGCGGCCUAGGCUCAGGCGACGAAGACGACGCAGAUAUACAGAGCGAGACGCUGUAUGAUUCGUUGCACACCGGCGCAACAAGGAGUACGGCAAGCGGCGCCCGUGGGCCUCGCAUUGAGACUAUAUUCGACGAGUCACCCCCCUCCAAGGUCAGAGUUACAGCCCUGCGCGACUUACUCCCGCCAGGUUCGUUCCGCGACCAUACCAUCAAUGGUGUCGGCGGCCAACAGAGCAUCACUGAGGAAGAGGAGAGCAUCGCAACGCCCGUGCGGACAGUCCGACCCCAGCGCUCGCUGCAGGAUUCGCCCAGCUGUGGGCGAAUGCAUAGCGCGCCGCUGUUUCCUAGCACGAUACCGUCGUCCCCCUCGAGCAUGCCCAAGCCGCUCUCGCUUGGCACUUUGGAAUGGGAUUCGGGAGCAGGCCACGACGACGACAGCAGUAGGUGGUCAUUAGAGGAGGCCGAUGUUACUGAUCCUUGGGUUGAUUAUCCAACAGUCAGUCAUGCGACCACGCCGGUAUCGCUGCUGCCACACCACCCACACCAUCGCGCAACCGGCCCUAAUUCCAAGCCCACCACUCCACAGCAUCUCACAGCAGAAUAUGGCGACCGGGAUGCUCGCAGCAGCAUCUUCGAUUGGUCCGAGCAGCAAAUCGCAGACAAGAACUGUGGCGCCCACACACCACCACGGCCGCGGACAGUGCACGGCAAGAAGGAUGCAGACCGCAGAUGUAGUCGUUCUGUUGGUCGCAGAGCACCUAGCGGGUUACACGCUCGAAGUCAGAGUGUACCCGUGGUCCCGGAUCUGACUGGUAAGCGUAGCACCGUGGUCACCAACAAGUUCGGCACCUGGGGUGUAGGAAGUAAGGGAGUCACCGAAGAUUGGAAUGACGACUUUGACUUUUCCGAAUUGAACGAGGAUCCUGUCGCAGAAAGCGACAGUCCUCCUAGCAACCCCACAGCCAUGGUGGUACCAAAGAGCAUUCAAGAACAACAAAACAAUGUCCUGGCCAAUAUCAGUCUUCUGCGCGAAUGGGGCCUCCUGAUUGAAGAGCUUAAAGAGCACAAGGUACGCGCGGUCGCGCUUGGCAUAGUACAAGAUUCGCAGUCUAGCAUGUGGGAAGAGGUCGAUGCGAUGAUAGACCUUGCCGAUCAGGAAGCCGACCACGGCGGCGUUGCUCACGACUCACCUCCUUCGUCUCCUGGCUUCGAUGCAGAUGCCUUUGAGGAACCUUCGCCUAGCCCCAGCCAUGGCCGAGGGAGGGGCAAAUUGACGGAAGACACCAUCAAGCACACAGGGAGAAAAUCGAUUCUUCCACCAAACGACGACAUUUUUGCCCCACAGUCUUCUCCGCUACCACUCAAAUCAAAGAUUGACAACGCUUCUGCAACUAGAGAUCCGAAGGCUAUCGUGACGAGGCCGCGCAAGGACUCAGAAGCCAAAGCACGAUCGGUGAUUGAGGCGCUCCAGAAAAGGAGGAGCACACAUGAAGCGAUCCUGGAUGUCCCACCCACACCUUCGAAGAAGGUUCCAUUCGACACAGCGACUUUACGGCGUAUUGUGCCAUAUGUCAGCACAUUGACACACAAAGUCAAAGAGACCAUUAGAGAUGUUGAGGGCUUGUACUCAAGCCCCAGUGCAAGUCCAAUGCACGAGGAGCCACCAUACAGCAGGAACUUCCAAUCGGAUGCAGACCUUGCUGCUCAGAUGAAACUCAUGACGGUCAUGUAAACUCACAAACUACAACGACGCAACGAGCAUGUUGAAAUAAACAUAGCAUUCACUUGGUGCUGGCCACUCUUAUCAGGGUCAAAACUUGGGCGGAGAAACACACGUUUCUUCUGAUAUCUCCCUUGGAUCAAAAGGUUCGAGCGACCACGGAGCCCCACACGGACCUGAUCACCUAUCACCCUGUAUUAAUUACGCUGCCGUCGACUACUAGGUCAGGCACAGUACUGCAUUUGAGCGACACAGCAUUUGCGAUUUCCUUUUGCAUAGUUUACAGCAUUUCCCGGCCACGAUCCACGCGGUAAAAGAGGUCACACGCGAGACGAAGAGCACGGCAUGAAGCAUGCAUAUGUUUUGUUUAAUCGAAGAUUAUGGCGCAUCGAGGAUAAAGGGGUUUCCUUUGUGGCCAGCGAGCAUAUAAUACUUCCGAAGAGGAGGGCAUACGGCGCAAUUAGCAAGCCGCUUUUUUUGAUCAUGUACAAAAAGCGGGUUGGGUCUCUUUCAGUCAGUUUCUUUCCGAUUGGUCUUGAUCUUUGGUAUCUUGAAUCGCCAUCGGAACCUCUCUCUCAAAAAAAAUCCACAGCAUCGAUAUAUGACGGCCGCACGAUCGGUGUCUCAAGACGCG